UCUAGAUCUAUUGCGUAAAUGAGCUGUUACCUAAAUUAUUUGUAUUAUUGUUAUUUGUUUAGUAUAGUUUCUUUGGAAGAUUCUCAUCAGUUCUUUAAGAAAUACUCUUCUCUAAGCCUAUUUAUACCCCGACCCAUUUUCACUUUGAAUCACCAUUAAACCAGGUCUUUAGUACAAAACUUCAAACAAAAGGUCAAAAGCUAAUUUCUUUUUUUUGCUAAGAAAAACUAAUUUCUUCCUCUUCGACCUCUCAAGCAUCAUUAGAUAAACAAAUCCUAUUCCCGUCAUGGCAGCAAUGACCGCGGCAGCAGUUCCAGCAACUGGAUCUUUCCAGAAACAAGACGAGGAGUGGCGUGCGGUUCUGUCUCCUGAGCAGUUUAGGGUUCUCAGACUAAAAGGCACAGAUAAACGAGGCAAAGGAGAGUUUACAAAGAAGUUCGAGGAAGGGACUUAUAGUUGUGCUGGUUGUGGAACUGCUCUUUAUAAAUCGACCACUAAGUUCGACUCCGGUUGCGGUUGGCCUGCGUUCUUCGACGCCAUCCCCGGUGCUAUUAAACAAACUCCAGAAGCAGGUGGAAGAAGAAUGGAGAUAACAUGUGCAGUGUGUGAUGGACAUUUAGGCCAUGUUUUCAAAGGCGAAGGUUACUCUACUCCAACCGAUCAACGUCACUGCGUUAACAGUGUCUCUCUCAAAUUCUCUUCUGCUGGUUCCUCCCAAUAAUCAUAUCAUUGAUCGGACCACUUUAUCUCAUGAAAUCAAGAAUCUAUUCUAUGAUCUGUGUGAGCUUGCUAGGUUUCUUUCCCAUACUCAUGUAAUAUUAUGAUUCCUAUGUGUGUGUUUUUCUCUACUUUCCAAUAAAUGAUAUUGAUUCCACUUCGUUCGAUGUACUCUCUGUAAUAUAUAUUUUAAUAAACUUUGGAUAUACUAUACUUUUUUGUC